GUGAAGGGUGGUGGGAUCCGUCUUUCCUACAGCAAGAACCCGCUUGGUGUUCGCACUCCGACCAAUGCGACAGGCUCGUCGACGUCUCAGCAGAAUGGGUUGCCUGCGUCAGGCGGAGCAACCAUUCUAGCGGAGGCUUUCCAGCCGAAGUUGACUGAGCUAGACACUGGGAUCCACCCUCGCGUUGACACGUCUGGCAUCACAUCGCCUUCAUCGUCCUCAUCUUCUUCUGCUUACCACUUCAGUGUGUCUCCGCCACCGCCGCGUUUUGUUUCCCCGCCUCCCGCAUAUCCUCGUGCGGCCAGUGGCCAGGGCUUCGGAUAUCCACCGCCGUCCAACAUGACGACGACAAACUCACCGACGCCCACGUUCUCUCCUUUCGGCAUUUCUCCCUCUCCUAUUGGUAGCAGCAUUCACAACAACCCGAUACCCGAGAGCAUGAACUUCAUCAAUAGCAGCAACGGCAAUCACCUCAUGAGCACUUUCUCCGACAUCACCGAGCACCCUCCCACGCACUCACCGUCUCUUGAUGGUCACUAGAGGUGGGCGGCUCGGCGUACACACCAAUUAUAUAUAACCCACCCCAUGUAUCAGCCUCCCUCCUACAUCGACGACAUAUGAACACCAUACAUCUCACCUCGAUCUCGCUCGCAUAUCUUCACGCUUUCUGAAACCCCUUUGCUUCUCGUUCACAGCUCCUCUCUUCUUCCCCUGGCGGACAAUUUGGCUCGUGACACAGUCUCAGUAUUCUUUUCUCUCUAUCUUUCCGCGCGCUUCGUCUUAUCUAUCUAUCUCAGCCUUUGUGCACAAAUCCACUUGAUAAUUCACAUUGUCAUAUACGUCUGCUAAACCAACCGUAUCCAUACACACCCAUCCCUCAUCGUAACGUUUAUGUUCCCCUUCCGUCUUCUUUUCUCUGUCUUUCUGGCUGUUUCUGACACUAUACUUGGAGCCACACCUGUCGUAAUUCUACCAGCUCUUACCUUUGUCCCUCCCUCUCCCCUUCCUUCGUCCCCGUCUCGCUCACGUUUUCUUCUCUAUACCUUACGCUCACAUCCGUACGUGCCUAUAUUUUGUCCACCCACCCUGUCCCCUGUGUCUGCUCGCAAUAACCCUGUUCUAUCUGCCAUUCUGAAUCAACGAUGCUUUAUUAUUCCUCAUCAUGACUCCAUACGCACAUAUACUUCCGCAGACUUCUCAUUUCGCCUGCGGUCGAGUCAACCCUCAGUCCAGUUACUCUUUGGUCCCUUGUCUUCUUUUGUUUUUUUUGCUUGUUCGCAUACCUCGCACGCACGUAUGCACGCUUGCACGCUCAAAUGCUGAUGUCCUCCUGCUAGUAGUAACUGCUACCCUCCUAUUUAUCUCCGUCCGUACCUCCAAGCUACCCCCGACCACCCCUUCCCCACCUUUCUCACUUUGCUAGGCCUAAUAGGCACAUCGAAGCGCACCGCAGCCCUUUUUUCGCCCCGAGUACACUUCCUCGAUGGCUCUUCCGCGCAGGGUUACAUGUAUAAUUACUCCGUUGAUUGAACACUGUGCUUGCUUGCCGUUU